AUGGCGAACUCCACUGCCAGAAUCUUACUCAAAACCGGCAAGUCUUUUCCUCAGCUUUUCCGGAGCCGUCUUGUCGGCCAGUCGAACGUCGAGAUUGCUAUUAAAGAACAGCAACUUCUUCGGUCUUUAAUCAAUCCAACACAGAAGAUAUUUGAGCAAAAACCCAUUUUGGGAAAUGGGUUUAAUUUUGUUGAUUUCGUACUGGGGAAAGAUCACGCCUUGUGCACAGAGCAGAUCAUAAAGCCGACUGUGGAGGCACGUGGAAAGCGCGUGGUGAGUGAUGUGGACGAAGACGAUGACGGUGAUGAUACUGUGUACGAUGAUGAUGACGUUGAGGAUUUUGAUGACGAAGAUUUUGAUGAUGAAGAUUUUGAUGACGAUGAUGAAGAUGGUGAUGAUCGCGGUGUUAGGACUUGA